AUGGCGGAGUUGGCGCAUGCCAUUCCGGCGGUGGACAUGAUCAAUGCCACUUCGAGGCUUCAAAUUGAAGCUGCCGAGAGGACUACAACUUUAUCUCGGCCUACGAAAAUGCGAAGGUUGCUCUUUUCAUGCUGUUUUUUCACUUAUUUUCGUUUUCAUGAAAUAGUAAGUUUCUGGAGCUUGCUUUGUUGUCUUACUGUUAUUCUUUGUUGUAUUUUUUUUACCAGCAAAGAGGAAAGGGACGUAGUCUUAGCUGCGAACGAUGCUAACGGUCAGGCUGCUCGCACUAUCGUGAACCUUAUCACGAAUGUAGCUAAAGAUCAGAAUGUGCGCUAUGUUUUAACGCUUCUUGAUGAUAUGCUUCAGGAAGACAAGACCCGCGUUGAGAUAUUCCAUAAUGCUGCACGAAAACAGAAGCGAACGGUCUGGUCUUGGUUCCUCGCGACAAGACAAUUUCAUCGUCAACCAGGUUCAAUGAAUACUUUUUGGGAUGUGUCUUUUUGCAUGUAUUAUAGGCUUAGGGUUAUUGCUGUAAUACUGCAGGAAAUUACAACAGAUCUCUGUCAUGAAAAAACUCAAUUAUUGCCAAGCUUGCUUGUUUUGGAUCAACUCUCAUGGAAGACUAAUGAGUACAUGAAUACCACGGCGCGGUGUCUUCAAAUGAUGUUACGCAUCGAUCCUUACAGGCUUGCCUUCAUGGAAGCUGAAGGAAUUCAAUCUAUUGUUGCUGCGCUUAAUGGGAAAACUAACUUUCAACUCCAGUACCAAUUAGCUUUUGCGCUUUGGUGCCUUACCUUCAAUCCUGAUAUUGCUCGUCGCACACCUUCACUUGGAGUGAUUCAAGCUCUUGGAGACAUACUUUCUGAGUCAUCGAAAGAAAAGGCAAACGAACAGCUGUUUUUUUUUUUUGGAUGUUGUACUCUAUUUCGUUUCUUCACCAUUGUAAUCCGCAUCAUCAUAGCAACGUUCAGCAACAUACUUAAAAAAGUCGAAGAAAGAGAAAUCAAGAAGGAGGCAGCUCUACAAAUGGUGCAGUGCAAAACACUAAAAACACUCGAGCUUACAGACGCCAAGAAAUAUGGGGACACUGAACUUGAGGAAGACGUUGAAUACCUUAGUUCUCAACUCCAAUCCUCAGUUCAAGAUCUAAGCUCUUUUGACGAGUACUGCAGUGAGGUUCGCUCUGGUCGUUUACAAUGGUCACCUGUGCAUAAAUCGGACAAAUUUUGGCGAGAAAACGCACCUCGAUUCAAUGAGAAGAACUUCGAACUCAUUAAAAUCCUGAUACGACUCUUAGAAACAAGCCAAGAUCCACUGAUUCUCUGCGUAGCUGCUCAUGAUGUUGGGGAGUACGUCCGCCAUUAUCCCAGGGGUAAAACUGUGAUUGAACAGUAUCAAGGUAAGCAAGCUGUGAUGCGACUGUUGUCUGCAGAAGACCCCAAUGUUCGCUACCACGCUUUGCUUGCUGUUCAAAAGCUUAUGGUGCACAAUUGGGAAUACCUAGGAAAACAACUUGAUGUGGAAGCUGCGGAAACGGUUGCAGUCAAAUUUUCUUGA